GCCAGACCUGGCCCGCUCAGUCGAGGAGAGCGGGGCUGCCCUGCGCCGUGCCGCUCGGCCCUUUGCGUUCCGUUAGGCCGCCAGCUGCACCGACCCAGGGCCGCGGCCCUUCUCGGGGCAGAGGGCACCCGGCUAUGCCGCACUGCGGCUCGCUGCCCGUGUGUGGGACAGCGGGGGGCUGCUCGUAACCCUACCGGCGGGGAGGGAAAUACUGAUAGGAGAGCAAGGUCGUGGAUUUGCGUGGCAAGGUUACAGACAGAUGGUAUGGGGCAUGGAGGUGAACAUGGCCAUGGCCAAACAAAACUCCCUGACUACAGGCAGUGGAAGAUAGAGGGUACUCCACUUGAGGAGGUCCAAAGGAGGUUGGCCAAACGGGGUCUCAGGGAUCCAUGGGCUCGUAAUGAAGCUUGGAGGUAUAUGGGUGGCUAUGCAAAACCUGUCACCUUAACAGAAGUCUUUACCAGGGGACUCAAGUGGGGAUUUGCAGCUUUCAUCGUUGCUCUUGGCAUUGAGUAUGCCCUAUUUCCCCCAAAGAAGAAUGGAGGACAUCACUGAAGAUCAAAUAUGAUAGUACCUUCCACUACUAAAAUGUACAAAAGCCUGCUGCCCACUGUACUUAUAAUAUGCAUAUUAAAGUCUAUCACAGGUAAAAGCUUGUUGCUUUGAUUUUAUUACACUUUUAUAAAAGGAUCAAGAAGAGAAGCCAGAGCCAUUUCCCUGACUUCAGUCUAGGGAAGAAAAACAAGGAAUAUAUAUAAUCUUGGGCUUGCUGUACCAUCUUUUAAAGGAAAACAGUCAGCCCAGCUCUUUUAAGUCCUGCCAACAUCCUGCUGAAUGAAAUUGAGAAAGUGUGAUGCUUUUGAGCAAAAAAUUCUAUUUUACUCCUUACAGAUUUAAUAGCUGUUAUUUGCUGGUAAGGGAUCUUGCAUUACUUGUUAUUUUUAAAAGUAUAACUUACUCACUUUUGUCUCUCAGUAAGAAAAAAUGCUACCUUAAAGCUUUAAGAAGUAUCCAAAACUGCCUAGAAGUGUGUGAAAAUACCAAACCUUAUGCUUAAUCAUAUUAAAGACACUAAUUUACAGAUACUGUGCACCAAAAUAAUCUGUUCUUUGUAACAUCCAGAAAUUAAAACUCAUGUUUCUACCA